UGUUAGCGUGGUGUGGUGUUAGCGUGGUGUGGUGUUAGCGUGGUGUGGUGUUAGCGUGGUGUGGUGUUAGCGUGGUGUGGUGUUAGCGUGGUGUGGUGUUUGCGUUUUAAUCUCGUGAGAAGGAUUUAACCCACUGAGUCGCCACUGGUUUAUAAUAGAAAACUUUGAAGAGAUGAAUAAUGGGUGAAAAACAAAGAAAGGCGCUCCUUCGCUCCUUGGGGCCGUGAUGCUGGGAGCUCAUGAGAAAACACACUGGAGGGACGGCGCCCACGAAACCAUGUCCCCAGCAAUGAUGGGCGGCCUGGUGGUGGGCGUAUCACUAGCUGGUGCCCUGCUCUUCUGCACCGCCCUUUGUCUUGGUCUUUGGUGCAGGCGACUGAGAGGUCAUGCGGGUGACCCCAGUCCAGCAACCUUCUUAGUUUCCAAGAGGAAGCCCGGCCCCUACGCUCCCCCUGACCACCCCAUGGCGUUUGUUAUGCCUACUAUCACCCACAGUGAGGCCGGCAGUGAGCCCCGCACACCUCCACCCACCAUGACUCUCUCACCCACGCCCACAGAGCGCAGUAAGGGGCUAGGCAGCACCACGCCCACGCCCACCACCACCCCUGAACACCACGGCUUAUAUUGUCCCAUACGUGACGGAGGGGUGACUACAGCCUCGACCUUCAGUAGCAGUUCCUUCCCCGUCACCUUCUCCCUACCCCCCACCUACACCCCACUCCACCCCCCUACCUACACCCCAUUCCACCUCACCACCUGCACCCCUUUACCCACCACCACCACCACUACUACUUCACCCUUGUCCUCUGUGUCCCCUGCACGCCCUCGCUCAGCUUCACCUCACGGCUUCCUACGGACCUCUCCCCACACCCCGUCCCUCUCCCUGCCCUUGGGGUCCAGAAGGUGGUGGCCUGGACCCCAAUGCUCCCCAGGUACACCCCCAGCACUACUCCCCAGGAAUCUCUACGCCAGGAAAGGCACCCAGGGCUUGGAGGAACUGAGGUCAGCCUUCCAACAUCCUUUCUUGACCUCUGACCCCUUAAGUCCUGACCCCGGUGAUGUCACUACCCCAGACUCCGUCGAUGGCUGGGGACCUGUGUGGACUCCCGCCUCCAGUAUUGGUUCAGGUGGAGGGUGCGGGCUGGGUGAGCUGCGGGUGCGGUUACGGUACUCAAUAAGGUCUCGGCUCCUGCGGCUGACCGUCCUAUCUGCUGACCAACUGCCUCUCAGACUAGGUCCUGACCCCGUGGACACUUAUACCAAGGCAGUAUUGUUACCUGAGAAGCGUGUGAGGUUUACAACACGUGUUAUAGCAGCCACCGAUAACGCCAGCUUCAACGCCGCCUUCACCCACGCCGCCCGCCCCUCCCGCCUCGCUCACGCCACCCUCAGGCUCUCCGUCUGCCAGGUCACUGAUUGUGGCCGACGUGUGGUGGUCGGAUACGCCUCUGUGGGUUUGGCCUCCACUGGCCUCCGAGCUGGCCUCACACACGACCUGGACACUGGACCUCUCACCUUACACCUUCAGGAGAGCGCCCCAGACCAGCAGGUGGGUGGAGGAGGUCAAGUGGAGGUCGGCCUCGGCUGGGAGAGAGAGACCAGUGACCUCACCAUCAGGAUCUGUAACCUCACCGGCCUCCACCUCCAGCACCAAUUACCUCUGCAUGAUAUUGCUCAGGUGUAUGUAAAGGUGACCGUGUACACAAACAACACCAUCCUGUGCUGGAGAAGGACCUCACCCAGGGCCUUGGAGGGUCAGGUCACCGUGUUUCAGGAGGAGCUCACCCUUCACAUGCCCGAGUUGGACCUUGAUGCUACCCACCUCGUACUUAGUGCCAGGCUACGUACUAAACCAGGUUGUGGUCGUCGUGUGGUGGGGUCGUGUGUGUUGGGGUGUGGUGGGUGUGUGGGGGAGGAGGGUCGUCACCAUUGGCACGAUAUGCUCCGGGCGGCUCCUGAUCUUGUCCUCAGGUCGCACCCACUUGCCGCCCACGCCCAUGCUCACGAUGCCUUACCCAUGGGCCCCGUGGACCCUGAAGAAGACCAUGAGGGCCCCCCUAGUGAGCUCGUGGAUACACCCCAUGUUCACUACCUUCAGGGUUAUGAUGGGAGUCCCUCUGUCUCUAGUACCCAGACCACGCCCACUAGUCCGCCCAUCUCCCAGACCACACCCACUAGUCCGCCCAUCACCCAGACCACGCCCACUAAUCGCCAUCACCCAGUCCGCCUAUUAGUCCGCCCAUCAUCCAGACCACGCCCACUAAUCCACUUACCACCCAGACCGCCCACUAGUCCACCCAUCACCCAGUCCGCCUAUUGGUCCGCCCAUCACCCAGACCACGCCCACUAG